AUGGGCCCAGACGGCCAUCAAUCUGUCUCCUGCAAGCGAGAUGGGACCGAGAUGAGAAAUAUGAUUGACAACGCAUUUCGGGCAAUCACGAAGUUCGGUGUUGAGUAUGGCGAUAUCAAACUCGAUAAUUUCUACCUUGUUACCACACGUGGUGGCGAGAAAAUCAUGAUAGUUGACGAGUCCGCCACCGAGAUUGGCUCUAGCCGGGCACCCGAGCGCGCUAUGAUCUACCCUGCCGACAGAUUAUACCGCUACUGGAAAGACGCGGUGGAGGGCAACCGUCGGGAAAAGGAAGAAGAACGUCGGCAGCGCGCCAGGGCCUUACUCAGCACCGAACAACUACGCCGCCUGAAGGAGAUGGCCGGUGCCCGCCGUUUGGCUACUAAUAACCUACCAGGUACCUGCAUGUAG